UUGCACACACAACGUCACUCACGCAGAGUGCAGAGGACUUGGAGGGUCGAGCCUAGUCAGCAGGUCUCACACACGCUUGUGUGUGUGUUUGUGUGUGUGUGUAUGGAGCUGAAACUUUCCUAGAGACACACUCACACGCUCCCGCCUUCUUGCCUCUGUCCUGCUCUCCUCUUUCUCCUUUCCCUUCUUUCAGCACACCUUUGUGUUGUUGUCCUUGCCCCUCUUCCUCUUCCCUCCCUCUUCAGCCUCACAACUUUUCCCUCUGCUCCUCUGUCCUAUGUGCUCAGACUGUGGUGAGUGUGCGAACUGAAGGCAUACAGAGCGAGAUGCUGCUGAUGCUACAGCUGUUUGGGCUCCAUGUCUCCUUCAGGGCCCACUGAAGAAGACAAGACUGCACGUGAGCUGGGGAACUUCAACACAACACUCUGAGAAACCUGCAACUCAACUCAAGACUCUAAGGAAUUAAUUAAGCUUUUAAAGACUUACUGAAAAAAGAAAAAACAAUGAGGACCAAGUUCUGUCAACUGUUUGCACAAGUCUUUCUCUUAGGAGAGUUGCUAUCUGUGGUGGACAGCAAAGGGACUUUCUAUGGAGGCCAUGUCAACCCUUUCUAUGGAAGCAGAUACAACCUGUACAAGGCUGGACUCAACCCUCAUCAUUCACCAAACAAGCCCAUGACCCGUCACAAAAACCACUGUGCGUACGUUGUCCAGAAGAACAUCUCAUGCACAAUGCAGGAUGGAGUGGCUACCUAUGUGAAGGCUGAGUACACCACCAAGUGCAUCUGGGGUCAGAAAUGUCCGGUUGUCAUGUACAGGACAUUCUACAAACCAAAGUACAAGGUGGGUUUUAAGACAGUCACAGAGCUGGAAUGGAGAUGUUGUCCCGGUUACUCUGGAGAAAACUGCUAUGAUGGACCCACAUCGCUGCCUGACGUCAUGAUGCCACCUUUCAAGGGUACGGGUGGGCCCAAUCGCCCAGGCAUGAAGGGGUUCCCCCAUGGUCCUAGACCUCCUGUGGACAAGAAGCCUGGAGGUGGCCAAUUGGAGCCAGAUAAACCCUUCCCCAGUGUGCCUGACCAUAGACCAAUACCCACAGGACAGCUUCCUGCUGGGAAUGGAAAACCAAACUAUGGUAACAAAUUUGGGAUUUCAGGAGUGACUGGUGAACGUUUGGACCACAUGGAGGAGGACCUGCGUCGCCUCACCCAGGGUCUAGACACUCUGAACGGGGUGGUGGCUGGCCUCGAGCAGCGAUUGCGCACAUCUCUCCGGGAAGACACCAACAAAAUCCUGGUGUCCCUGCUCCCCAACGCUCCCCGUGUGCCCGACUCUACAGUGGGAUUUGGGGUGAUCCCAGAUGGGACUCCAGAUGGACUGGAAGGAGGAGAAAGCUUCACUGGUUUUGGAGACUUAGCAGGGAGGGUAACAGAAGUGAGGGAUGACCUGCGAGCCAAAACACACAUCUUAGAGGAGAUUCAGGGGAUGGUCCUGGGUCAUGAUGGCCAGCUGAAGAGGCUAUUGGAAGGAGCUAGAGGCACGCCCAUCCUUGGCCCAAGCUCCGCUGCUCGUCUGGACGAGAUCAUAGACGGCAAGCUGGCUGACAUGAGGGCUGAGAUCCUGGAUGGAUUUGAGCGCCGUCUGACCAGUCUAGAGAGCCACUGUGACACGAAGAUUGGGGAGGUUCAGAGGAAGUGCCACAGGGACCACAUGGAUGGCCAGGAGCAGAUGCAGCAGUCUCUUGAUGGAAGAGAGACUGGGCUGCGGGAGGAGUUGGGUUCUUUGCAGGCUCAGAUCCAGGGUCUAACUCUCACUGAGAGCUGCUGUGGACAGGUGAACAGUCUGUCCCAGCGUGUGCUUCUGCUGGAGGAGUCAGUUAAAGGUUUGACAGAAUCUCAGAGACAGCUCCAUACCGCCAUCACUGAUCACAGCAUACACGUGGAGACACUGAUCGAGACCCGCCUAGUGGACAUAGAGGGUCGCCUCAAUGCCACAGAGGGAGGACCUGAUGGAGUAGCAGGGCUCCCUGGUGGUCUGGAUGGCUUCAAGACUAUGCUGGAGGACAAGCUGAAGACCCUGGAAGAGAGAGUUUUUGUGGCCGUUGAGGAGCUGAGUAAUGCCACUGCGCCGGCACUCCUGGAGGGUCAGGUGGUCCCGGCACUGGAGACAGAGAUUGAGUCUGUGAGGAGGAGAGUGGAGGGAGACCUGGAUGGCAUUCAGAAACAAUUAAUAGAUCUGGAGCUCCUCUGCACCUCUUCCUGUUCACCUUCCACUCCGCCAGCAGGGGGUGUCAGUCUCACUGAAGUAGAGGAAGAUUGUGAGGGGAUGGAGAAGAAGAUGACUGACCGCCUGAACUCCCAUUCUAACCAGCUGGACCGCCUAAACACCACCCUACAGAACCUGCUCUUCCGUGUCGCUCAGGAGGACACAGAGGGAGUCGUCCAGGGAGAGAUCACCCUGCUGAAGGUCAACAUCAACUCUGUGAACCGCACUCUGAAGGGCCUAAAGGACUCUAUUAGCUUCAUUGCAAGUGAAGUGGGCCACGCUAACACCACCUGGGAGCAGAGAGAGCACCAGCUAGUCAACCAGGUGCAAGGAAUCACCAAACUAGUGGGCCACCAGGCCUCUCUCCUGGGGGCCGGGGAGAGGCGGCUGGCUCAGCUGAAGGGAGAGCUACUGGCCUUGAAGAGACAGCUGUCUGGGGAGCUGCAGGGAUGCCGGAGCACAGCGAUAGAAGUACAGAAGGAGGUGAAGAACGUUGAUAGCAGGGUGAGCCAGGUAGAGGGCCAGUGCAGCAGCCUGGGGGAACUGGCAGAGCACCUGGAGAGGAUCAGGGCAGAGCUUGAGAGACACUCAGAUUCCUACCUGGCCCAAGUGAAUGGCACUCUUGGCGUCCAUUCAGAGCAGCUAGCAGAGCUGAAAGGGGAGGUCAAAGACUGCGUUGCCAAGGAAGUAGCCAACCAAAAAGGAGACCAGUAGCACCUGAGCUACAGCUACAUUUUAAAAGAGACUUAUGUGUGCUUCUCAUUAGCUCAAGUGACUUCCUCUGCUUCUCUCCUCUCUUUUUCUAAUCCCAUCGGCACAGAUGCAAAUUAACUGAACCGAUGAAAGUAAUUUCCCAUAAGCUCCCCAACAUAGUGCCUCCAGAUGUCCUGGGUAUUUAGUUUAGUAAAGAGGGGAGAGAAGACACAGAAUACAAAGACUCACCUAUGGUUGUAUAGCUGGGCAAUGUUUUCCCUUGAGAUGUUAUUCUAUAGGGCAUUUGUUCGUUUUUUUCCUCUGCUCGUGAUUGCUACAUUUUCACAUUUUACUUUUUUUUAACUUAUAUGAAGUGACUGCAUUGUUAUGAUGUUAAACUGUUUGUAUUAGCAAAAUGACAAUAACAAAUCCUGGUGGAUGAUAUGGGACUAAUACGCUGCUACGGGUUUCCACUGACAAGCACACUUGACAUCCUUUGUGUGGACACUUGUUUGGUCUUUAUGAAAAAAAACUGAAUGUCAUCUUGGUGCUAUUUACAUUUUUGUAAACUUCUGUUUUACACAUGUUUAGUGUUUCUGCUCUGACUGUUGAUGUUUGUUUCUUACUGCAUUGCUCCAAGUUGCAGAGAAGUUCCAAAAGUCAGUGACAACAUGGCAUGGAAGAUUGAAGAAAUAAAAUCUUGGAAUUGUUUU